CCGGUGAAGAAUGACUGACAUUUCAAAUAGGUCAUGCCACCUGGUGGGGCUGGAAAUAAUCAAAGUGCGUCAUCGUCUUCGACGAGAGGUCAAGUCUAUCAUCAUGGACUAGCACCGCCUCCCACCUCUCAUCAUCAGCAUCAUCCACAUCAUCAGUAUGCUGCACAAAACCCGACGGCGCAUCAGUUCUCAUAUCAUCACCCACAUCACCUGCAACAGCAGUAUCAAAGGGGAAAGCCAACAACUGGCGUCAAUCCACAUCAUCCACAUCCAGCACAUCCCCAUCCACCUCACCACCAUGGUCAUGGCCAUACACCACCACACACACAGUCUGAGCUCUUGCACUGGUGGCCACCACCGUCAUCUGCACCAGUACCUCCUCCCUCCUCAAUGUCUCUAUCACAAGCAAGUGCCGCCUCAACAUCGGUCGCAUCAGCAGCUUCACAAUCUUCAUCUUCUUCAUUAUCUGCAUCUUCUGCAACGACAACAACUACAAAAACUAAGAGAGGCGAUGUUUUAUUUUAAAUUGAUUAUUAAUUUAGUUUUAAGUGAAUAGAAACGACGACAACUACUACAUAGGAAAAAAGGACAAAAUUGAUGAAAUUAUAUUGUGUGUAUAUUAAUAUUUAAAACAAAAGGAUGUAAGAAGUUUUUGCGAAACAAAAACAAUUUGUUUCCCUGGUUUUUGUGAUGAACUUUGUUAAGGUAUAUAUGGAAAAUAUCUUAAAGAUUCUAUUAAUUAAUGAUUUUAAAUAUUUAUUAUUAUGUCUGUUAUAGGAAAACAUAGAAUUGAAACUAUUUGAAUGAAAUUGUUUAAUUAUGGGGUUUCUUCUUUUAAGAAUAUUUUAGAUUUUAUAAAGUGGUUAGGUAUAUCAUUCCAUAAAACCAUUCAUUCCCCUUUAUCCUCAUUUCUUGAUUGAACUCUAUUUCAAUAUCUAGGAUGGAAAUUUCAUUUUAAACUUUAUACUUGCUUUAAAUAUAAUAUUUCCCUUCCAGAUACUGAAUAAAGAAUUUUUCAGAAAUUUUCUUUAAUAUUUUCCUUUAUUCAACUUGCAAAUAUGUAUUUUAUUUUGUUUGACUUUUGUUUUUGAAUCUUUUACAACUUGAAUGAUGGAAAAUUCCCUAAAGAUAAAGUAACAAUUCACACAGAAAAUUUCUUUAAAACAUUCGAUAUUGUUGCGAUUUAAUUUUUAUCUAGAAUACAAAGUGAAUAUUUUUAUGGAAUGAUGACAAGGACUUGAUAUUUUUAAAUAUUUCUCGUUCGACCACUUAUUUGUAAUACAAACAUAUUUCUGAGAUUCUACCUGUUUAUACAGCUGACAAAAGUAUGACUCGGUUCGUUCUGGAGCAAAGAUUCAAUUGUAGUGAGUACGAUGAUGUUUCGUUAUUGUAACAAUACGGAUGUUGUUGAAAGUUACUCUUUGGCCAGGUAUAACUUGGGACAUCGUCCUAGAGAGAAGAUGAUAUCGUGGGAAAUAGAAUAUAGAUUAGACUAUAGAUUAGUCUAUAGACUAUACUAUAGACUUGAUUGUAGACUAGACUAUAGACUAGACUAUAGACUAGACUAUAGACUAGACUAUAGACUAGACUAUAGA